AUGGAUAGCAAACUUUCUUUUAUUUCAACAAAACUUUUUGAAGCAAAAAUUUCAAAGAAACUUACAUUUGCAGAUAUUGGUAACCAACUUGGUAGAAAUGAAGUCUGGGUUGCUGCAGUCUUUUAUGGACAGGCUAAACCCGAAGAAUCUGAUCUCAAAAAAUUAAGUGAAUUAUUAGAUAUACCAGAAAAAUAUCUUUUAACUGAUUUUAAUGAUGAAACUUAUUUUCCUUCUCGUGGAAGAUUAUUUGAUUUACCACCUUCGGACCCAUUACUUUAUCGUUUUUAUGAAAUUUUACAGGUUUACGGUUAUCCUUUAAAGUCUGUUAUAAAUGAGAAGUUUGGAGAUGGUAUUAUGUCGGCAAUCGAUUUUACCACUAAUGUUGAAAAGACUGGAGAAAAUCAAGAAAGAGUGAAAAUUACAUUUGAAGGAAAGUUUCUACCAUUCAAAAAAUGGUAG